AUUAAACAAGAUGGACAGCUCUUUACCACUUUCAACUUUGCUCCCUUUUGCUCCCAAAUUCGACGGGAAGGGGGAAAAGAAGCUGAAGAAAAAAGAUUAAGCCAGUUGCUUCUGACAGCUCUUGAGCCUUCUAUCGUUCUCGAUAGCUUUCCCCGAGGAAAAUACACAAUUGUGGUCACUAUUCUAGACAUUGGAACAGAAUUGGGUGACCAACUUUCAAAUAUGUCAUCUUGCCUUUCUGCGGGUAUAACCUGUGCCACACUGGCUCUCGUCAACAGUUGCGUUCAGAUGUACGAUUUGGCUCUCGGAAUAGACAUUGAUAUUUCUUCUUUAAGUUCUACAAGCAAUGGUGAAAAAAAGACCUCUUCAGUUGCUCUGUUGACACAAUUGCGGCAGGUUUCGAUGUUCAAUGCCGAGGGGUUGGAACUGAAGUCGGCACAGACCCUACCCAAACUGUUUCAUGAUGCUUUUCAACAGGCCGAUAGGCUCUAUGCCACCAUUCGAAGCUCUCUUUUAGGCAUGUGUAAUGAACACAAAACCACUUGA